UUCUCCUUUCAUCAGUAUUUCGCCCGAGCCCCCAUUUCUCUCUCUAUUCCCUUCUCCCUCGCGUCUGCACCGCCGUCUCCCAUCGCCGACGCCGACCCCGACCCCUCUCGUCGCCCUCUUUCUCCACCGAUCCACCGCCAUCUCCUCGCCGCCUUCCUCUUCACGCACGCGCGACGCCCCCUGCGGCCGUCGCCGCGCCCCCACCGGCGGCGCUCCGAUUCCCUGCCGCCGCUUCCACCUGCCUCGAUCGCGCCCCAUCACCGGGAUCCAUUCCAACAACGCCUCCGCCGUGCCGACGCCUCCCCAUUGCUCCGGCCAGCAGCCUUCCUCUUCCUUUUUGCGUGCCCGACACACACGCGCGCCGUGAGCCCUAACCUCAAUCCAUCGCUGCCUUUCCUCUACUCCGGCCUCCGCAUCCCCUGCGGUCAGACGCAGCCGGCUAUCUGUGGCCACCACAGCCGGUUCGGGCCCACUGGUUCUUCUACCGGCAGCCCAACUCACUGCUGACCAUCUGCCAGCCCCACCUCUGCGGCUGCUUGUCUUUCCUUCAUGACAGAAGGUGGCGAUUAGUGGACUAGUGGACGAUCAGACCUUUGGAGCUGAACCGCCGCUUGUCCCCGCUGUGAAUCAUUGCUGGAGAAGAAGUGGCCGAACGGUUUCUGAUUCGAAAUAGAAGCUCAGAGGACAUUCAACACGAUCCACAUUUGAGGCGGGCAUUUUUUUUCCUUGCUCUCAUAAAUUUGCUACAUAGAAAUGACACAUGAGAAGCAACACCCUAUUCUUCUCGAUUAUGUCCGUCAGUAUCCGCUUCCUCAUGGCGUGCGAUUCACAUAUGGAACUGCUGGAUUUCGUUCAGAGGGGUCGAUAUUGGCUUCGACUGUCUUUCGAGCUGGCAUUUUGGCAGCAUUGAGGUCACUCAAGACUGGAUCCACAGUUGGCCUGAUGCUUACCGCUUCCCACAAUCCCAUCUCAGACAAUGGUGUGAAGAUUGCUGAUCCUGACGGUGGGAUGAUGAUACAACAGUGGGAGCCAUUUGCUGAUGCCCUUGUCAAUGCCCCAGACCCUGAUCAUUUACUCCAAUUGGUUGUCCAGUUUGUUAAGGAGGAGAACAUACCAUUUGGUGGAGGACAAUCGGCCAACAUAUUGUUAGGAAGAGAUACAAGACCAAGUGGAGAUGCUCUCCUGGAAGCUGCAAAACAGGGGAUCAAUUCUGUAGUUGGUGCUGUUGCGAUUGACAUGGGUAUCUUGACAACGCCACAACUUCAUUGGAUGGUUAGAAACAUAAAUAAGGGCACGAGGUCAUCAGAGUCAGAUUACAUGGAGCAAUUAGCCAAAUCUUUUAGGUGCCUAGUGGACCUGGCUCCUGAUAAUACUAUGGAAUCCAAACUGGUGGUAGAUGGAGCAAACGGUGUUGGUGGAGAAAAACUUCAACAGCUGAAGAAAAUUUUGAGUGGGCUGGAUAUUUGUGUCAGAAAUACAGGUAAGGAAGGAGAAGGGUUGCUUAAUGAAGGUUGUGGCGCCGAUUACGUGCAGAAGGAGAAAGCUAUUCCAUCUAACUUUGGUCUUGAUGAUGUAGGAAUGAAGUGUGCUAGUCUGGAUGGGGAUGGUGAUCGUCUUGUGUACUUUAUACCAUCAGCAAGCAGCAAAAAUGUGGAUCUCAUUGACGGAGAUAAGAUAUUAACCCUAUUUGCUUUGUUUAUUAAGGAACAACUAGAUUUCCUCUACAAUGAACAAGGUUUAGAUAAUAAAGAAGCAGUAAGUCUUGGUGUUGUUCAGACAGCAUAUGCAAAUGGUGCCUCAACCGCUUAUCUUAAGCAGUUAGGUCUAGAGGUGGUGCUUGCUCCUACUGGUGUAAAAUAUCUACACAAGGAAGCUGCAACAUUUGACGUUGGAAUCUAUUUUGAGGCCAAUGGGCAUGGAACAAUACUCUUCUCAGAAAAGUUUCUCUCCCAUUUGCAGGCUAGGAGUGAUGAACUUUCUUCUACUGCUUCAGGUUCUGAAAGCCACAAGUCUGGUUUAAGAUUGUUGGAGGUCAGCCGGUUGAUCAAUCAAGCAGUAGGUGAUGCUCUUAGUGGAUUGCUCUUGGUAGAAGCUGUGUUACAAUACAAGGGAUGGUCAAUCAAAGCAUGGAAUGAGCUUUAUCAAGAUCUGCCUAGUAGACAGCUAAAGGCCAAAGUUGCCGACCGAAAUGCUGUAGUUACUGCAAAUGCAGAAACUAAGGUUGUCAAGCCACCAGGCCUACAAGAGUUAAUAGAUGAGGAAACAGCUAAGUACCCCUGUGGACGAUGUUUCGUUCGGCCUUCUGGUACAGAGGACGUAGUUCGUGUAUAUGCUGAGGCAUCCACACAAGAAGCAGCUGAUAGUCUUGCCCAAUCUGCAGUUCAACUUGUUGAUCGUUUCCUUGGGUUUGCCGGCUCCCACCAGAAGGCUUGAACAGCGAAUCAGAAGCCUUUUUUUAUACUCAAACUAGUCUUAUCAUCAGACUGAGAAGUGGUAAUUUAGAGUUCAUAUUUGUUAAUUGCCUAUUUUUUCCCUCAAAAAAUAAGGUUCUUCUAGUUACUAAUCCUUUGCUAUUCGGCCUACUUUCUUGUUUGCAAUUACAUAUCUGAAGUUAAACACUUCGUUAUUUAAUUUGAGAAGACAAAGGAAUGUCGGAUGGUUAAUCCGUCUGUUGUAUCGAACCAUUUCUCAGACAAAGCUUUGUUGGUUAUGUUCUGAUUGA